AUGCAGGGGCCCCCAGCCUCCAAGCGGCUCAGGGCCCCCUCACCCUCUCCCGAAGGUUCCCCAAAGCGUCGCCGCAGCAACCAGGGGCCCCCAGACCCUGCCGGGGCCCCCCCCUGUCCUGCUGAGGGGGCCCCAGCCCCUAUUGAGGAGCCUCAGGGGUCUACUGGGGGCCCCCUAGGGUCUAGCAACGAGUGUACAGAGAGCACUUCUGCUGCUGCUGCUGCUGCUGCUGCUGCUAGGGGGCCCCCCGAUGAUGCCGAGGCCCCCCCUCCCUUUUCUCAGAUGCUGCAGCAGAGGUUUUCUUCAGGGCAGUAUCUGCUGCCGCUGCUGCAGCACGUGCUGCGGCAGCGGCUGCGAGCUGCGUUGAGGGGGGAGCUGCAUACCAUAUCUAUGGGGGCCCCCAAGGGGCCCCCCAAGCAGCCAAGCGGGUUCAAACCCUCACCAGCAGUUGAGUCGUUGCUGAGGAAUGAGAGUUCUGCUGCUGCUUCUUUCCGCGCGCGUAACACGAGCAGCAGCAGCAGCAGCAGCAGCGACAGCAGCAGCAGCAGCAGGAGCAUCAGCAACGCCUCUGUUGAGGCUGUAGCUGGGGCCCUCGCAGCAAAACUUAUGUGCUGCUUGCUGCUGAAGGAGAAGAGCAGCGUGCUGCUGAUGGGGCCCCGUGGCUCUGGCGCUACGACAGCAGUUGAGUGUGCGUUGCGUUUCGUGCAGCAGCAGGUGCAGCAGCAGCAGCAGCAGCAGCAGCAGCAGCAGCAGCAGCAGCUGCGCCGCUUGUUGGUGGUGCGUGUGAACUGCUCUCUCUAUAACAACGACACCGCCAUACUGCAGGCUAUUGUGCGUCGUUUCGUGCAGCAGCAGGUGCAGCAGCAGCAGCAGCAGCAGCAGCAGCAGUUGCGCCGCUUGCUGGUGGUGCGUGUGAACUGCUCUCUCUAUAACAACGACACCGCCAUACUGCAGGCUAUUGUGCGUCGUUUGUGUAUAAGUUUGGAUCAGCAGCAGCUGCUGCAGCAGCAGCAGCAGCAGCAAGAAGGCAGCAGCUUCGGAGACUGGGCGAGGAGGCUACGGGGGCUGCUGCAGGAUAGCUGCGGCGCUUUGGGGCUGGCAGUGGUGGUGGUACUAGAUAGAGCAGAGCCCCAAGAGUUGCUGCUGCUGCUGCAGCAACAACAGACAAACUGCAUGCAACACGCUGCAGCAGCAGCCAGUACACAAACAGCAGCAGCAGCAGCAGAUACACCAGCACCAGCAGCAGCAGCAGCAGCAGCAGCAGCAGCAGCAGCAGCAAAAGAAAAGGAUGAGAGAAUUGCAGCCCGAGCAGCAGCAGCAGCAGAUACACCAGCAGCAGCAGCAGCAGCAGCAGCAGCAGCAGCAGCAGCAGCAGCAAAAGAAAAGGAUGAGAGAAUUGCAGCCCGCUUUAUCCAGUCCUUUAAUGCUGCAAUCGAUAAAGAGCUCAACCAAAAAACACUCAUUGCUGCAUGCGCACGGGCGCUGGCAUUGGGGCGCAGCCCCCGCUGCUUCCUGGUUGCUGCAGUUCGUCCUUUGCUGCUGCUGUCUCCGCCGCUGCCGCAGCUAGCAGCAGCAGCACGGCGUGCUGCUUGGGGGGCCCCCGAGGCCCCCGAGGCCCUCUCCCCCAUCCACUCACCUAUGCGGCAUGCAGAGAGAGAACGCAGCAACUGGAGAGAAGCUAAUCCUGCUGCUGCUGCUGCUGCAGCAGAUGGAGGAUGA